AUGAAGUUUACUCAAGCCGGCGCCGACGUGCACGCACGCGACUACAUCGGCUACAACCCGCUGCAUCUGGCCGCGCGCGGCUACUGGGAGAACCACGUGAGCUCGCAGCUCCCGGACAAGUCGGACUGGGACGCGCCCACCGACCACCUGGGGUGCAUACGGGCGUUGGUGCGGCACGGAGCGAGCGUGGACGCGCGGGACGACGAAGACCAGACGCCGCUGAUGGUGGCUGCGGAAAACGCCUUCAGCCAAGGCAUCAAGCUGCUGCUGGAGUUGGGCGCGGACCUGUCGCUGUGCACGUCUGCCGGCGAGACCGUCCUGCACUUCGCGUGCCGAUCGGCCGACCUGGAGACGAUGGGGUGCGUGUUUGAGACGGGCGCGUUCGACGUGCAGUGCCGCUCGGGCGACGGCAGCACGCCGCUGCACGUGUCUGCGUCGCAUUGGCGGACGGCAGAGUGCGUGGAGGCGCUGCGCGAAAGCCGGCAACGCCAGUGCCGCCAGAACCAAAGGCAACUUGCUGAGGACCAGCAGACUGAGGGCCGACAUCCGGAGGGCUGUCAACCGACAAACCGUGUGCCGACCGAGGGCCGGCAACCCGAGGGCCAGCAACCCGAGGGCCAGCAACCCGAGGACCAGCAACCCGAGGGCCAGCAACCCAGGGCCGGCAACCCGCGAGACCGACAACCCGAGAGCCGACAACCGGCGGCGGCGGCGGUGGCGGCGCUGCCUUCGGGCGCGGCGGCGGCGGCGCUGGCGGCGGCGCUGUUCGGGGCGUCGGCCAACGGCCACGUGGGCUGCGUGGAGCUGCUGCUGGCGCGCGGGGCGGACGCGACCGCCGCCGCCGGCCCCGAGCGCUCCACGCCGCUGCACGCGGCCGCCGCCUACGCGCGCACGAGCGACCAGGAGCGCGCGCCGGGCGACUACGUGGCCACGAUCGUGGAGCUGGGGCGGCGCGGGGCGCUGCUGGACGCGCUCGACGAGGCGCGGCGCUCGCCGCUGCACCUGGCGGCGCGCAAGGGCCGCGUGGACCGCCUGCUGCGCCAGGGGCUGGACGUGAACGCGCGCUCCUUCACCAGCCGCCGGCCGCUGCACUUCGCCGUGCAGCAGGCGCCGCUGCCCAUGGUGGUGCUGCUGCUAGAGCACGGCGCCGACCCCAGGGCCCGCGACGGCGACGGCCACGAGCCGCUGCACCGCGCCGCCGCCGCGGGCUACGACGACGCCGUGCGCCUGCUGCUGCGACACGGCGCGCAGGCGCGCAGCCAGACGUACGUGGGGCUGACGGCGACGCACUUCGCGGCGGCGUCGCGCAGCGUGGCGUGCUUGAGCGUGCUGCUGCGCAACGGCGCGUCGGCGACGGCGGCCGACCAGAUGCGCAACACGCCGCUGCACAUCGCGGCGGAGGAGGGCGACGUGCACAUGGUGCGCGCGCUGCUGGUGGCCGGCGCCAGCCGCACCGCCCGCGACGCCAACGGCGCCCGCCCCGUCGACCUCGCCGCCACCGCGCCCGUGCGCCGCGAGCUGCAGCGCUGGGCGCUCGCCGGCUGA